CAUCUUAACCUCGGGGGAGGUAAAACACACCUGAGAAUAAAACUACACAGGACUGCCCUUCCUUUGGCUGAUUAACCCAGUUUCACCUAUCUUUUCAACUGAGGACAAGAAGACCUACAGGCAUGGACAAGACACUGCUUUUCACCGUCCUGUUUGUGACGCUGUCCUGCAUGUUUAUGAACACCUAUGCUCAAUCAAGCACGACAGCAAGCAUGACGACAACUGUAGCACCAACCAUGACGGCAACAACAGGAACCAUGACAACAACAACAACAACAGGGGGAAACAUGACAACAACAACAGGGGGAAACAUGACAACAACAACAACAGGGGGAAACAUGACAACAACAACAACAGGGGGAAACAUGACAACAACAACAACAGGGGGAAACAUGACAACAACAGGAGGAAACAUGACAACAACAGGAGGAAACAUGACAACAACAGCAGUAAACAUGACAACAACAGCAGUAAACAUGACAACAGCAGCAGUAAACAUGACAACAACUGCAGGAAACAUGACAACAACUGCAGGAAACAUGACAACAACAACUGCAGUGACAACAGCUCCCCCACUGUCUCCUAACACGACAGUGGAACCUCUUCAGACGCCUGUUUCUAGGGCAGAGUGUGGGACCCAACAGCUCUGUGUGGCUGAGCCCUCUGUGUGCGACCCAUCCGCUACAGGAUCAUGUUUUUUCCUUGCUGCCAGACAGCAGAGCGGCUCAAACUUUGACUUCAGCAUCUCAGGAGAGUCUGACGGCUACAUCGCUGCCACCCUGUCACCUGACAACACAGUGGGAAACAACGACACAACCUACGUCUGUGCAAACAACAAUGGUGUUGUCAGAUUCUUUAGCACUGUCCUCAACAAUGGCCAGCUGGUUUCAACAGAGCUGAGCGUGAACUCUGUGAGGGGCAGGGUCGAUGGAAGAAGAAUCCAGUGCUCAUUUGCUGCCACUCUACCAAGCGCAACAACUAGAACAACAGGUUUCGCAAUCUCAUUGAGCGAUGGACCUUUCAACUCGACAUCUGGUGAUCUGGGAAGCCCCACCGCCCGAUUUAGGAGCCCUGUUGUAGACCUGACAAAUGUUAAUGCCACCGUCAACAAUGAAAUUACCACCACUGCCGCCCCCACCACUACCGUUAAUCACGGCAUCACAUUCCACCAAUCACUCACGCAGGCUCUGCUGAUCACUGUGGGUGCACUGGGCCUGGCCAUGCUAUGAGAAAAAUGAAACCCCCACGAGUCAAGCCAAGAAAACUAUAAUUUCCAUAACUAUAACUACUCAAUACAAGCAUCUCACAAGGUGUUUGCUAUACACAGUACAUUCCAGAUUAUUAGGAUCGUGCUGAAUUUUGUAUCAACUCACUGGGAAUGAAUGUUGAAGGUGUGAUGGGGGUGGUCACUCUUCUACCGCCCUCUGCCUCUUCUCAUAUCUGUUCAAGAAUCUGAAAUCAAGAAGGGAAUCAAUUUUGAAGUUUUGAAUUCAUUGUUAUAUGUAAUACGUUUUGUUUUGUAACGGUUGGACUGCUGGAUUUCUGUCCUACGUGUUACUUAAUUGCAAAUACACUAACUCUCUGCCCCAGGUGUAAAUCAAACUACGAUAACAAAUGAGAAACACUAUUAAAAAUUUGAACAGUUAAAGAGUAAUCAAUCAUCAAAUCCAAAUCAAGUUAACAAGUGGCUUUCAGCAGCAGGUGUUAUGGUUUAUACAGAUUUUGGGUUUGGGGUCUGGUUACCUGUUAGGCCCUCAUUACUACUGUCAAAAGCAAAAAAACAAAAACCUCCUGACUUGAUAAGUUGAUGAUGACCAAUAAAGCUGUCAAAUAGUUUUAUGUUUCUUAUGACACCCACAGCACAGGCAAAGAAACAAUGUUUUUCUUCUGUCCUGUCACUGUCACACAGCAAAUGGCAGAUGUGUGCUUUUGUGCUUUAAUAUUAUUGUUAUUUUUUUAUUUUUUAUUAUUGUGUUACUCUCUUUGGCGUUUAUAUAAGUACUGUUGAUGCUUCAACAAUGCUUUUAAAAUGAAGCCUUCAUUGGCUGAUAUUUUCCCAAAUGUAGGUGUCCAAUUUCAUAUAAAAAUGAUCCAUUGCACACAAAGAAUGCUAUAUAUGAUACCAAAUAUUGGUGAAACUAAUUUUGCACAUUGCAUUAUGUAACAAUUGAGUUUUUAUUGAAAUGUUUUGAAAUAAAUAUUGUAUGCAAACUGA